ACUGAAGAGUAAAGUCAGAGCAACACAUAUUGAUAUUCUACACAAGUUGGCAAAUUUCUAACUAUCUGUGUGCUUUUUAGAACUCUUUCGGAUGACUUUCAAAAUUUCGUCAGCAUCAAAAUAGCUUUCCUUAUGUCAGAUUGGAUAGGCGAAAUUUGUGUAAACACUCCUUGCUAAUAUGAAAAUUAGCACACUGGGAACUCCGGAGUUAAUUUCCUAUUUAUAACACCCCGUCAAGUUCUCGGACGUACUUGUAGACGGACCUCUGCACUCAGUAGUAACACGUAACGAAGCGAAACAGACUGGGGAGUUAAGAUGACCACCUCUUUAGAAUUCGGAAAAGUUCUUCUUAAUAUGGAGGAAUAUAGCGAUGCUGAAUGGAAAUUGGUUGAACCUUUGAACACCGGUAUCAGACUCGGAAACUUUGUCUGGAAAAUACCCAGACAUUUCCUCAUCAGGCUUGUGCCUUUACUGGAGAAAUAUCGUUAUUCAACAACAAAUGAAAAUCUAACGGAGUUUCUUGAAAACAACGAUAACCGGGAAUUUAGUUUUCUAACGGACAAUGAGGAGAAGCCAUUACCAUCGACACUUUUGAAUGAAACAAAAAGUAUCAGCGCCAGAAGCAAUAGUGCUCUAACAGCGGAUGUCUCUGGAAACAAAGCGAUAAACAUACCCACGAGAACUUUGACGGUGACAUGGAUAAAAAAAGCUGACAUGGAAAGAGAUCUUGAAUCCUGGAAACUCAACAUGAAAUCAGGAUACAUAAAAGGAAAGAAAAAGAAUCGUUGUAUUCCCUGUAUCAUCAAUAAAAUUGUUGAAGCCAACAAACCAAAUGAUGAUACGGACGGGAUGGCUACAUUAGUCAAACGACGACGGAUUGAAGGCAGCGCCAAGAUUGGAAGUUUGUCAGAACUUGGAAUAGACUCUGCGGAUAGUUUACCAAUAGCGCCAGAAGUCGAGGCUCACUCCGAGACGAAGGAAGAAUCAAAGGCUUGUGUAGUAGGACCUGUACUUUAUAAGAUUUUACCUCUUGAGGUAGAUUGGAAUGGAAGCAUCACGCUAAAUGAAGAAAACACGACAGGAUUUUUAGAAGAGAGGAUUGAAGCAGACGGCUGGAAUUUCUCCAGUAUCAGAGAAGAAGAAGAACAGACUCUUGAAUCAAAUAUCCAGGAUAUAGAAAAUGAGCUCGGACAGUUGAUUGCCGACCAACCUGCUGUAGCGACUGCAUUUAAAAGUCUGACAGACGAAGAUAUCACUAGGUUAUAUCAUCUGUUUGAAAAGGUAGAAGAAAGCAGUGAAGACGUGGAUUUGCAUGACGAUAUGUCCUCAAGUGUCCGAGAUAUUUUGCUGUUUGCGAAGUUUCAUCAGGAAUCGGGCAAACUCAAGCUGAAGGAAAAGUCUGAAUCCUUUGGCUGGUGUUACUAUCUCACCGUUAUUCUGGCUGAGACCCCUCCGACCAUCCGCAAACUCAUCGAACGAUCUUCUGGCGACAUUUUCACCCUGCUCAAACGUGUCCUCAUUGAAACCGACAAUCUCGACAAAAUUGUCAUCAACGCCGACAUUCUGAAGUGUGAGGCAGCUAUGGACGUUUUGGAAAAACUAGAUAUUGUUAUAACCGGUUCUUCAAUUGAACGGAUCCCGACAACCCUAGAACAGGUGGCGAACAGCGUUUGGAUAGCUCUUUUGUAUAGAGCUCCUACACAAGCGGUACAACACUGAGCUAUGACACAUACUUAUAUGUCAGAAAUG